AUGAAAGUGCUCUCCUUAUACUUGCUGAACAAAUCGGGUGGGCUAAUUUAUCAACGCGACUUCAAUCCAGAGUCCAAUGGAAUCAACAAGCUAAGCUCUAACGAUUACUUAAUCACUGCGGGCACUUUACACUCAAUUCACGCUAUAGUUGCAGGCCUAACACCUCCAGUUCUCUACCCUAUACAAGAAAAUCAGACGGGAAAUCAGAACCAAACGGGGCUGUUUCAAGUGGAAACUGAAAAAUUCAACCUGUUCAUUUACCAGACAUUGACUGGUUUAAAGAUCAUCUCCAUUGUCCAGAAGGGGGUGAGCCAAGAGACGGCCACGAGAUUCAUGGCCAAUGUGCAUUCUAUUUAUUCAGAUUACGUUAUGAAAAACCCGUUUUACACUUUAGACAUGCCUAUUAAAUGCCAGUUAUUCAGCAACAAAGUGUUAUUGUUGAGUGAGGCUAGUUGA